UUUUAUACUGGGUACAAUAACACUGGUUUCGAAAUUUGUGUUGUGAACUGCAAAUUAAAGCGAUCAUUUUGUUCACAAAAAUGGCCCUCAAGAUGACAAUGCCGACAUUCUUCCUUCUGUUUUACACUUUGUUCAUACUUAGGACUGACGGGUGUAGUCUGACCGAUUUGAUCCUUGAAAAUGGAGGAUAUUUUUCACAAGAUGGCGAUUCUGAGGUCGAAGUUGGGGAACUGGUAUUCGCUUGCUGCAACAACGGAUUCGUGAGGAGAGGACCUGAGAAGGUUCAAUGCCUAUCCGCGGGACAGUUCAGCGACGAGAGACCAACGUGCGAAGACAUUGACGAGUGUAACUUGGGGUCGCUCCUCGCCACUCUGGAAGAUGACGGAGAGGACACUCUCUCGAGCUUGAGCUCAUUCUCUUACUCACAUGUGAUCGUAGAUCACCCCCUUCUCGACGACGUCGACCAGGUUACAUGUCAGGGGUGGGGUUUGCUCCCAUCGUUUGAUGAGCUGUGUCAUAGCAAUGCCCGAUGCACAAACACCUAUGGUUCAUACAACUGUCUCUGUCACUCUAACUACAUUGGUGACGGAAUACGCUGCGAAGAGGACAACGAGCCCUGUGAGCCCGCGUCACCACCAGCAAACGGCUACAUCUGGAUAGAUCAUGGGCGGAGCGUGGAUUUCAAAUGCAAUUCUGGAUACAUCUUAAUAGGAAAUGACAGACAAAACUGUCGAAUGGGAAGGUGGGAACCUGACAAGCCAGAGUGCAUUGAUAUAACGGUUAGAUGCCCCGAGCCAGUCGCACCGUUGAACGGUCGAAUCGUAAGCAAUGGCGGAAAUCGCCAUCUUGCCCAUAUAACUUUCGCAUGCAACUCCGACUACGACCUCAUCGGGGCCGGCAUACGACAGUGUCUAAGGAGCGGUCGAUGGUCCGGAAGAGCACCGCGAUGCAAACCAAAGAGGACGCUCGGCGACGUUGCAACAGACAUCCAGCGAAACAUCAUAGACCCAUUUACAUCGUACACAAACUCCAGUGUCAUGCGUCAAAACCUAGCUCGCAGCGCCGGUGUUCCUAGUCUGGGUUUGGACAUCGUCCUCGCCUACGAUCGGUCAUCAAGCCUAGCCAGAACGGAUCUCGAUCUCGUCGUUAACUUUACGAAGCAACUCCUCUCGAAUUUCGGCGUGUCCUAUGAUGAAGGUGGAACUCGAGUAGCUGCACUAACGUUCUCUAACACCGCGGAGAUGGUGUUCAGUUACUCGGAUGGGGUGGACACUUUGGAGAAAGUAUACAACCACCUUGACACUUUGAAGGAUAACAUCGGAGGAGGAACAGGACUAAAAGAAGGACUGUUAAUGGUUUCUACAGAUCUGGAACCAACCAUGAGGGAAGGUGCUAAACGUAUUCUUUUCAUCUUCACAGAUGGGAGACAUACAGGGGAGGAUCCCUUUAAACAAGCAGGCGAUCUUAGAGGAAAGGGAGUGGAAAUAUUUGCAGUUGGAGUGGGAAGACAGAUCGACCAGGCAGCUCUCCAACAGAUCGCUUCAUUCCCCCAUUCCAGUCAUUUCUUCUACAUUAAAUCUUUUGAUGAUCUUUCCACUCUCACCAACCUGAUUAACAGCAGUGAGAUAGAUUACAAGCCUUGCGGAGAGGCGGGAAAUGUGCUUGUUGGUGACGGUUACCAUGCCAACGCGAAGGCGUGGCCAUGGCUGUCAGUCAUUCAGAUGAACUCUUCUACUGGCUGGAAGAUGAUAUGUAGUGGGACGUUGCUAUGCCAACAGUGGGUGCUGACCACCUCUUCCUGCUUUGCAGCUAUCCCGGAUAGUGACGUCAUUGGUGUACAGCUGUUGAUGAAUCAGGAGGACUUACAAGAGGAAAUUACGAUCCGAGUCACAUUGGGGGAGUACAAUACCUCGUUAGGAGAGGGAUGCGAACAGGCGAUUAACGUUGAUCGAAUCGUUCUCCACGAAAACUUCGAUUACGAAAAUCUCCAUGACAACGAUAUCGCCCUCUUGCAUCUCAGUGAGCCGGCUGAUCUCAAUAGUUGUGUCAGGACUAUUUGUCUACCUUUCGAUCUUGAUACACGCCAUAAUACCACUGUUGUGGGAUGGGGUACUGCCGGGGUUUCGCAGAGCGCCAGCGACGUCCCUUUCCAAUUCCCGAUGCCACUGGCUCCUCAAGACAUCUGUCGCAGGAAUCAUGGAAGGGAUGGCUUUGAUGUGACGGAUAGGAUGCUGUGCGCCGGUACAGGCCGGAUCGGAGUUGGCCAUCCUUGUUAUGGGGACAUCGGAUCACCGUUGAUGUACAAGAGGGGUGAAAAAAAUGAAUGGGCGUUGCUCGGCGUAAGCACCAAGGGGGACACCUGCUCUAGCUAUAAUCGAUACGGUAUCUAUACGAGGAUCGAUGAAGGGUGGAUCAACAACAAAACUGGUGACUGCUACACCGAUCACAUCCCCACUGAGAUUGAUUUUUAAUUCUCAUGACAGGCGCACAGAGCAAGGACCUGCAAUGUCCAUGGUCCACAAUGGUCAGAGAAUCGUGGAUAGGAGUAGGCAGAGGCCGUCAGCUGUAAAGAGAAUGUAAACCAGGCUUUUACACCAACAGACAUGACAAAAUAUAGACUUAUUUAAUUGUGGAUUUUUGGUGUGUUUUUAGCGUUGUUUCAUUGGAUCACAAAGUUUGAAACAUACUUCUUUAUAUCAGUAUACCACCAACGGCAGAUAUGCCCUGUUUGAAGGGAUGGUCCAGGCUGAAAAUAAUUAUAUCUAAAUAGAGUAAAAUUCACAGAGCAAAAUCCUGAAAACUUCAUCAAAAACGGAUAACAAAUAAGGAAGUUAUUGAAUUUUAAGUUUAUCAAUAUUCUGUGAAAAAAAUUAUAUAUAAUAUAAUAUUCAUUAGGUGGGCUGAUGACGUCACAUCCCCACUUUCCCUUUUCUUAUGUUAUUACAUGAAAUCAUUAAUUUUUUUUUUUCAUGCCUGUGUAAAUGAUGUGUCUCCAUUAUGAUGAAAUAAGUUGCGGCAGUAAAUAACUAAUGCACGUAAUCAGUUGUCAAUCUAAUUGUUUUAGAAAAAUUGUGAUUAAACCUUAUUUCAUAUAAUAAAAUACAAAAGAACAAGUGGGGAUAUGACAUCAUCAGCCCACCUUAUGAAUAUUCAUAAUGCCCAAAACUGUUUCACCGGAAUAAUGCAAAUAUUUAAAAUUCAAUAACUUCGUUAUUUCUUAUCCGAUUUUGAAGAAAUUUUCAUCAUUUUGCUUUGUGAAUUUUACUCUAUUUAUUGAUAUAUAAAUAUCUCCAGCCUGGACCAUCCCUUUAAAAGUCCACAACAAUCUUCUUAAUAUGUUCCAUAUUCUCCAAAGAGAGUUUCAUGCGAAAUAUGAUAAGCUGCUUGACUUGUCAAAUAUCAUAAACGAUAAUUGCUUUAUAUUUUAAUAUGUAAUUUGUGUUUCAUGAUGUAAUAUACAUUUUUAUUUCAAUCAUUUGAUUAACCAAAACUCAAUUUUGACUUCAAUGAAAUAUCACAAGAUUGGAAUAUAAUAUACAAUGAAUCUGUAUUUUUGUAUUCACAACGUAUGCAAUAUUAACUGUGGAUGCAUAAAUGAAUGUCAAUGAAUACAAUCAAUGUUUUUACUGUGAAACAGCUUAAACUAACAUAGAAAUGCUAUGAUCAAUUUUGUCUUUAAUAAAAGUUCUGUUUAAAUACAAGUCUCUGUGGAUGGGCUUAUAGAUAAAGGUCCCAUAUGUUUGAAAAACCGCAUUUUUUACUUAAGUACUCUGCCUUGUAAUAUUGCUCGCCUUAUACUAGCACGCAAAUGAAGAUAACACGAUAAUUUGUUGCCAUUUUUUGCAUUUAUCAUACAGUUAGACGAUUAAAAUUGUACUUUGCUUUGCAAAUUAUUGUGUUUUUAUGACAGUUUCAAAUAAAAAUAUUUGUGCGUGUAUAUAGCGAGAAUGCAAACCAGCACACACUCUUAAAAUGUUGGGCAACAUAAAGUGUCCACACAACUAUUGGUUAAAAAAUUUAUCCAACUCUGGCUAGUUUUCAACCAAUACAGCGUAGCUUCCACCCAAAGCACACAUUAUUGGUUUAAACCUACCCAGAAUUGGAUAAAGUUUUAACCCAUUGUUGUGUGGACAGUAAGUUGCCCAACAUGUUUAAGAGUGUACAUUAUAAUGAAUACAAUUUCACUGAUUCUCUGUA